AUGCAUCAACAAGAAAAAGAGGUCACAGAAGGUUUGACACAAUUAGUUGAUAAUACACGUCAACACGUGGAGUCACUCAGCGGUCUUGGGGUAGAUGUCGGCGAUCAGCUGAUCGUGGCCCUGUUGGAGCUGAAAAUCGCCAAGACCACUGCGGAGGCCUGGAACGAUAAACAGGAACGUGGGGUGCUCCCGAAACUGGAGAAGCUGUUACAGUGUAAAGAGCCACAUAACACUCUUCUGCACUCAUCAUCAUCCACGGGACAGCCUGUCAGCGCCGUGACCGCUCGUCUUCACUCCAGUCAAGUCAUGACCACAGCAGUGGUCAAUGUACUCAACAAAUCCAGUACAGUUGAACAAUGUCGAGUUCUCCUAGACACUGGUGCAUCGGCGAACUUUGUUACCGAGAGUCUCGGGACAAAAUUGACGCUCCCGCGAAAACCGUGUGUCCUACCAGUUGAAACUCUCAGCGAAAUUGCAACAUACACGAAAGACGUGGCAACUGCCACAAUUAAAUCAAGGCACAGCGGUUUCCAGAAGGAGUUAAGUUUCUUGACCGUUCCCAGGAUUUCUGAUCUGAUUCCACCAUCAUUCAUUCCACGAGAAUCAGCGAAGAUUCCUGCAAAUAUUCGAUUGGCGGAUCCAGACUUUCAUAAGCCAGCCCCAAUUGACAUGCUGAUAGGAACAGGACCAACACUAUCAUUGCUCUGUACUGGACAAAUUGAUUUGUCCCCGCCAGGUGGACCGGACCUUUAUCUCCAUAAAAUCCAGAUUGGCUGGGUAAUUGGUGGAGCAAUUCACGUGUCUCAAGACGCCAAAACAGUUCAGUGUCAUCAUGCAACGCCAGAUUUCAACCUGGAGAAAUUCUGGGAGGUUGAGGAAGUUUCGAGGCCGAAACAACUUUCACUGGAAGAGCAGCAAGCCGUGGAUCAUUUCAAGAGACAUUACAGUCGUGAUUCUACAGGGAAGUACGCAGUGGCUCUUCCAUUCAAUGCAAAAAAGGAUCUCCUAGACAAUUCCUACAACAUGGCAUUCAGACGUUUCCAGAGCUUGGAACGCAAAUUUGUCAGGGAUCCAGAGCUCUGCAUGGCAUACUCUGAUACUAUUGACGAGUACUUGGAGCUCAAUUAUUUAUCAGGGGUACGUGAUCCAAGCAAUACAGGAUUUUACUUGACCCAUCAUGCCGUCGUAAAAAAGGACAGUGUGAAAACCAAGGUGAGAGUAGUCUACGCUGGCUCUGCUAAAACCACCACAGACAUUUCAUUGAAUGAAACACCGUUGGUUGGCCCUAAGCUGCAGCAAGACAUCUUCUGGCAGGUACUCCACGUCCGCACGCAUCUGUACACAUUAACAGGUGACAUUGGAAAAAUGUUCCUGCAGUUCGGAGUACGCAAGGAAGAUCGUCGCUAUCAGCGUAUUCAGUGGAGGAACAGCCAUGGCAAAGUGGCUAUUUAUGAGCUAAACAAUGUGACAUUUAGAUUGUCCUCUUCACCUUAUCAGGCAGUCCAAUGUCUCCAGCAAUUAGGAGAGGAUGAAGCCCAUCACUUUCUAGUGGCCGCACGUAUAUUGAAACUAAACAUGUACGUGGAAGAUCUGCUAUGCGGUUUCAAUUCGAUCCGUGAGGCUAAGCAGGUUCGUGAAGAAAUCACUCAAUUAUUGGCCCGGGGUGGACUCAAUAUCAAGCACUGGGCUUCCAAUCAUCCCAGGUUGCUACAAGGCUUACCUCCCGACUCCAUUCAUCAAAAGCUACAGUUAAACGAUGGAUCGACGCUCAAGACACUGGGAGUGUAUUGGGACGCACAGUCAGAUUCCAUCUCAUACACAGUCCAGCCAGUACCUGUCGUGGAACGAGUGACAAAAAGGAUUGUCAUGUCGGAAAUCGCAAAAAUCUACGACCCAUUGGGUCUGCUGGGUCCAGUUGUGCCAUCUGUAAAAACGAUCAUCCAGAAACUCUGGAAUGCCAAGCUACCUUUGCUAAAUGACGUACAUUUCCCACGCAAGAUCUGUCAGGAGAAUGACAAAAAACUGCAGAUUCAUGGAUUCAGUGAUGCCAGCACCACUGGAUAUGGUGCCUGUAUUUAUGUUCGCUCGAUCGAUAUCCAGGGAAACGUACAGUGCAGAUUAUUUUGUGCCAAAUCAAAAGUUGCACCAGUCAAGUACGUCUCGGUAGCUCGCCUGGAGUUAUGCGGAGCCUUGCUGUUAUCCAGGCUGUAUCAAAGCAUCAAGGAUACCAUCAACAUUCCCAUCGAGAAAAUCAUUUUCUGGAGUGAUUCAAUGAUUACUCUGCACUGGAUUAGCAAAUCUUCAAAUUUAUUAAAAACAUUCGUGGCUAAUCGAGUGGCAGAGAUUCAAUCCAGCACUGGAGGAGGCGAGUGGAGACACUUUCCAGGGAAAUCCAAUCCAGCUGCUACCCUCUCAAGAGGCCAGAUGCUAGCAGAUUGUAUCACCAAUGAGCUUUGGAAGGUUGGUGCCCAAUGGCUGUCAGGGCCAGAAGUCAAGUGGCCCACAUCCAAGCUCACUGAGCCAACUGAAGGUCCAGAGGCCAAGCGAGUGACCUGCAUGAGUGCUACCAUCAAUGAUUUCACCCUACUGGAGAGGUAUCAGUCAAUCCACAAACUGAAGAGGGCCGAAUUCAAUUGGAUGAGGCUCGUGCAGAAGAAGGCGUUUCCCAGUGAAUUACGCCAGCUCAGUGAGAAGAAAAAAGUUGAUUGUAAAAGCAAAUUAUCAAAGCUCAAUCCAUUUCUGGACUCUCAUGGCAUCAUUCGAGUUGGAGGAAGACCUCAGGCAGCAGACAUCCCCUACAGCCAGAAUCAUCCAGUCGUUUUGCCAAAGAAGGAGUUCGUCAGUGAACUCAUCAUCAGGGACAGGCACAGAGAGCAGGCACAUGCUGGUGCACAAGCCACGUUGUACGCAAUCAGAUGUCAAUACUGGUUGCUGGAUGGAUGGAACGAAGUCCGUCGACUCAUUCAGAAUUGCGUAACGUGUACUAAGGCAAGUCCACCUGCAGUGGACUACAUUAUGGGAGAUCUACCACAGAUACGUAUCACCAAGGCCAGACCGUUUCUCAACGUCAGGGUGGACUACUAUGGGCCAUUUAUGAUAAAAGAGAAGAAACAUCGCAAUAGAGGUCAAGUCAAGGCAUAUGUGGCAGUCUUCAUUUGCCUGGUGUCAAAGGCAGUGCAUUUGGAGAUGGUCAGCGACAUGACAACUUCAGGAUUCCUCGCAGCUCUUCGUCGCUUCAUUGCCAGAAGAGGCAGGUGCCAGCUGAUCCAGUCAGACAAUGGCACCAACUUUGUUGGUGCAAGGAAUGAGCUUAAGCAGCUACUGGACACACUCAAGUCAGGGGAUCACAAUUCCGAGGUGUCCACGUAUCUGAACGAGAAGGGUAUCAAAUGGCGCUUCAUCCCCCCAGCAUCCCCGCACUUUGGUGGGAUCUGGGAGGCUACUGUUCGCUCAUUCAAACAUUAUCUCAUAAGAGUGGUCGGGAACAAACUGUUCACCUUUGAGGAACUAGAUACAUUGGUGACAGAAAUUGAGGCGAUUCUCAAUUCUCGUCCUCUUACACCUGUGUCCCCAGACCCCAAUGACCUAUUGGUACUAACACCAGGUCACCUGCUCAUUGGGCAACCGCUCACCGCAAUUCCAGAGCAUGACUUCUUAGACGUGCCAAUCAAUCGACUCUCCAACUUGGAGCACAUACAGAAGGCACGUCAAGACUUCUGGGAGAGGUGGUAUAAAGAGUACCUCCACGAGCUCACGAUCAGGCGCAAAUGGAGCGCAGGACAACACCAGAUCUAG